GCCAAGCAAAAGUUACUUUGCACCAUUCCUUCCUUCCUUCACCCACAGGAAAACAUGCGAACAUGAACACGAUGUUCCAGAAAAUAAUUAAGAAGAUCUGGAACUUGAAACUUGCUUGGCCCUCAAUAAUGGUUGCUGUUCUCUUUCUGCACUCAGUCAAUUCUAACAGCGAAACUAAGUCUGCAGCAAUGGCACAAACGGUUCUUACUCUUAGUAACAAUAACCUUACUUUAAAUGAGAACAAUACAAAAAUUCUGCUCAAGAACCCUAACAUCACAGAGCUAUACCUGAACUACAAUGCUAUUCUUGUUCUACAUAACUACAGCUUUUGUAGUCUUUCAAAACUAGAAAUUCUGGAUGUCAGUAAUAACUUCAUCCAAACAGUUGAACAAGCAGCAUUUUCUGGCUUAUAUCAGCUCAUAGCUUUGUAUCUGCAGAACAACAAAAUUGCCCAUUUAGAUUCUAAUACAUUUGUAUUUCUAAAGAACUUGAACAUCUUGAAUCUACAAAAUAACAACUUGGGAUAUUUUGAUAUUGAAGAAUCACUUAAUUUGACCAGAGUUGCACUAACUGGAAAUCCAUGGAAUUGUUCAUGUGCCUUGCUUAGUUUACAGAGUUGGUUGAAUAAUACACAAUUAAUAGUAGAAAAUGAAAAGAAUACCACAUGCAAUUUUCCAGAUAGUUUAAAAACACAGUCCAUCAAAACAGCACUUAUAUUUAACUGUGAUAAACGAGGGGAGACUGAAGCAAUCACCAAAUUUCACAUUUCUGUUAAUGAUACUGUUGCACCUGCAUAUAAUGAUACAGAUGGAAAAUCAUAUUCAGGUUUUCAACCCAUUGGCAAAAGCUGGAGAUUUUUGAUCGGUGUCCUUAUAGUUAUUGUCAUUACUACAAUGCUGAUUAUGAUGGCCAUCAAAUUCCCAGUUUGGUACCGUCAUUUGAUUAGCUACAAUCAUAGCCGUCUGGAUGAAUAUGAACCUGAAAUGUUCGAAGAAAAUUUUUCAACAGACAUGUGCGGUUUCCCACCAGCAUUAGAUACUGAUGAAAAUGACUCCACAGUGGUAUUUGAACAAUUUCAUACAUUUGUUCCAGAAGAGGAUGGAUUUAUCGAAGAUAAAUAUAUUGAUACAUGAAGAGUUACUAUACUGACUCUAUCUGCCUUACACAUUAGCACAGACUUGUGGAUAUGCACUUUUAUAAACUAUACUGCUAACAAACAACUUUUUGUUACUUUUAUUGAAUCAAAGUAAAUAUAUUUAAAUUUUAUAGUUAUCAUGGAAAAAUAGUACAUUGUGCUAAAGGAGUCCCAAGCCUUUCUUUGAAUAAAGGAAAAUGCAGAUUACAUGUUUAAAAACAGAAAGAAAAACAGCAUACAGUGAUAAUUAAGAAAAGUUAUACAAGUCACUAAUGAGGUUUGCCAGUUUAAAAUGUAGCAGGCAACAAAAAAGUAACUUUUGGUGUUUGAACAUAAAGAUAUACAUAAAUAUUUUAAAGAUAAUUUUUACUGAUAUUAAAUGGCUUUUGAUUAUUGCUGCCACACACAUAUUCAAUGUAACGUUUAAAAUUUGUCUGCAUUUUCUGGAACUUUUUUUUAAAUAUUGCAAUACCUGUAUCCCUACAAUUAAAAAGAAGAAUUCUGCAGAGUGUAUGAUUACUUUCUUUAGGUUUGUCCUGAAAGAAAACUACAGCCUCAUACCAGUAGCAGACACUGCAGGCUGCAGCCAUAUGGCCAAGUCCAAAGCUAUGACUUCUGCUAUUUACUUCAUGGUGGAAAAAAAUAUGUUCGCUGACAGCAUUUCACAAGAGAGGGGCAUAGCAAACUACCAACUGCUUUAUAGCACCUGUUAAGGUUACAAUUACAAAACAUUUACCUGGAAUGUAAAUUCCAUAAGUAACUAAAGGGCUUUUAAAUUCCAAGGAAGAAUGUUUAGGAUCAGGGUAGUGGGAUACCCUAAACAGAAUAGCAAUACUGAAAGAAAAGUUGCAUCACAAUGUACAUAGCAACUGCUUUUGUUAUGAUUAUGAUAGCAACGAAGUUGCAUAUUUUUCAGUUUUCAAUUUUUGGGGUAUUUCAUAUACUUACGCUUGUCUUUCUGUGAAAA